AUGGUAUGUGAGCCUAUUUUCAAGCUGUUGAUGAAAGACGCCCCAACAAAGUGGACUGAAGAGUGUCAGACUGCUUUUGAUGCCAUCAAGAACAAUUUUUCCAAUCCACCGAUAUUGGUUCCUCCACGAGAAGGGAGUCCUUUGUUGCUAUACUUGUAUGUUUCAGAUAGUGCAUUCGGAUGCGUACUUGGUCAACACAACGAGACAGCAAAGAAAAAAAGGGCUAUUUAUUAUAUAAGCAAGAAGUUUACUCCAUGGGAGUCUCGUUACACUUUGUUGGAGAGAACGUGUUGUGCUUUGACUUGGCUUGCCCAGAAAUUGAGACACUAUUUGUCUUCCUAUACUACAUACCCCAUUUACAGAAUAGAUCCAUUGAAGUAUAUUUUCCAGAAAGCAAUGCCGAUCGGAAAGUUAGCUAAAUGGAAAAUGUUGUUAAUGUCAUUUGUGGGUGAAGACACUAGUGAAGCAUAUCCAGCUUGGAUUUUAUUCUUUGAUGGAGCUGCAAAUCAAGGUACAGGUAUCGAAGCAGUCUUAGUGUCAGAAUCUGGUCAACACUAUCCUAUGGCGGCUAUGCUCCGAUUUUAUUGCACAAACAACAUGGCCGAAUACGAAGCUUGUAUUCUGGGUUUGAAAAUGGACAUCGAGAUGAAUGUUCACGAGUUAUUGGUUAUUGGAGACAGAGACCUUUUGAUUCAUCAAGUACAAGGAGAAUGGGAUGUGAAGAACCCAAAGAUUAUACCUUACGUACAACAUGUGCAGAAGUUGUGGAAAAGAUUCUAUACAGAUUACAUUGAUUCUCUGGAUAUAGAGUUGAAAGAACAUCCAGUCCAUUGUUCCCAUGUGGAGGAAGAACCAGACGGUUUGCCUUGGUAUUUUGAUAUAAAGAAGUAUUUGGUGUCUGGAACUUAUCCCGAAGAUGCUACGUCCAAUCAAAAGAAGUCGAUACGCCGUAUGGUUCUCAAUUUCUUCCUAAGUGGAGAAUUCUUGUAUAGGAAGACUCCUGACUUAGGUCUUCUCAGAUGUGUCGAUGCCGUCGAAGCUGCAAGGCUUAUUUAA